CUCGGGAGCAGGCUCGGGCCGAGCCGGGCGCCCAGACCCGCGGCCCGGCGCGCUGACCUCGGCUCCCGCCCGCCGCCCCCGCCCAUGCCGACGCCGGCCGCCCCGGUGCGCCCUCGCCCGCGGGCAGGCUGAGCGCGGCCGCCGGCGGCGCCUGGGUGGGCCCGGCCCGGCGCUGCCCUCGACAGCGGCAAGUUUGGGAGUUGCACUAGUUUGCGGGGUGCGGGAGAGGCCGGGAGCACCGCCAUGGACGAGGAGCGGGGGUCGGCGCUGGCGGCCGAGUCGGCGCUGGAGAAGAACGUGGCCGAGCUGACCGUCACGGACGUGUACGCCAUCGCGUCGCUCGUGGGCCAGGAGUUCGAGCGGGUCAUCGACCAGCACGGCUUCGAGGCCAUCGCGCGCCUCGUGCCCAAGGUCGUGCGCGUCCUGGAGAUCCUGGAGGUGCUGGUCAGCCGCCACCACGUCGCGCCCGAGCUGGACGAGCUGCGCCUGGAGCUGGACCGCCUGCGCCUGGAGAGGAUGGACCGCAUCGAGAAGGAGCGCAAGCAUCGGAAGGAGCUGGAGCUGGUGGAGGAUGUGUGGCGAGGGGAGGCGCAGGAUCUCCUCUCCCAGAUAGCCCAGCUGCAGGAGGAGAACAAGCAGCUCAUGACCAACCUCUCCCACAAGGACGUCAGCUUCUCCGAGGAGGAGUUCCAGAAGCACGAAGGCAUGUCAGAGCGGGAGCGGCAGGUGAUGAAAAAGCUGAAGGAGGUGGUGGACAAGCAGCGUGACGAGAUCCGUGCCAAGGACAGGGAGCUUGGCCUGAAAAAUGAGGACGUCGAGGCUCUGCAGCAGCAACAGACACGGCUGAUGAAGAUCAACCAUGACCUUCGGCACCGGGUCACAGUGGUGGAGGCCCAAGGGAAGGCCUUGAUCGAACAGAAGGUGGAGCUGGAGGCGGAUCUGCAGACCAAGGAGCAGGAGAUGGGCAACCUGCGGUCGGAGCUUGGGAAGCUGCGAGAGAGGCUGCAGGGCGAGCUCAGCCAGAACGGGCAGGAGGAGCCCGAGAUGGAGCCAGUUGGAGAGGAGUGUGUCUCAGACGCGGAGAAGGCGGCCAUGGAUCUGAAGGACCCCAACCGCCCCCGGUUCACCCUGCAGGAACUGCGGGACGUGCUGCACGAGAGGAACGAGCUCAAGUCCAAGGUGUUCCUGCUGCAGGAAGAGCUGGCCUACUAUAAGAGUGAAGAAAUGGAAGAGGAAAAUCGGAUACCCCAGCCUCCACCCACUGCACACUCGAGAAUGUCCCCCCAGCCAGAGUCUGGCAUCAAGCGACUGUUUAGCUUCUUCUCCCGAGAUAAGAGGCGCGUGGCCAACACACAGAGAAACGUGCACAUCCAGGAGUCCUUUGGACAGUGGGCCAACACCCACCGCGAUGAUGGCUACACGGAGCAAGGACAGGAAGCCCUGCAGCACCUGUGACCUUGGUCUCCACCCUCCGACCUGGACUGUCUACCGCCAGCACCUGCAGCUGAACCUGCAGCCCAAGUGCGAUGCCUCACAGCUCUCGGUGCCAAUGCACCCUCAAAACUGACCCUCAAACAGACUGUCUGCUUUGAGGAUGGAUGUUGAAAAACUGAUGCCAAACUCUAAAGAAAUGUUUAUUUAUACCCAGGGUUAUUGCCGUUUAUAAUAGAUGACUCUGAUCCCUUAGGAUAUAUAUUUAAUAAUCCCAUGAACUGAGGCCAGACUUUUGCAUUAACUUCAGUAAGACAAGCUUCUUGAAGCCAAAUACAUCACUUGCCACU